AAUAUUAUUGCGUCUGCGUAAUGAUCCACUCUACUCUACACCACGUUGACUGUAGCUACAAAAGUUAACACGUGUUGGUCUCCAUUUACUAUGACAAUUUCUAGUUAUUAUGGCAACACCACACGAAAAUCCACUUAUAGGACUGCGUGACGGAGCCAUUGAUGAUAAGAGGGGAAACCUGUCUACAUUUCUGACCAACAAGGUCGGAGGUGAACCGGACCUGCUCCCAGCUGUAUCUCUUGAGUAUCCAAGGUGUUCUCUGUGCAGCUCUUCUCUUUCUCAUGUUGUGCAGGUAUAUUGUCCUCUUGAUGCCUCUCCCUAUCAUCGGACCAUAAAUGUAUUUGCCUGCACCAACUCAGACUGUCAUGGGAAAUCUGACAGCUGGAGGGUCCUGCGCUCACAGUGCCUGGAGUCAGACAUCAAGUCCUCCACAGAGGGGCUAAGGGCGGAGGACCCAGCAGUCCAGCAAGCGCCCAUGGCUAGCACUGACUGGUGUGAUGAUGCAGAUGACUGGGGCGAGGAAGAAGAUGGCGGUGAAACAUGGACUGCCAGUAAGACUCAGACUUUACAGAAUGCCACUGUGUUUUCUACUGAAGCUGCUCCGGAUGUCAGCAGUCAGCUACAGAGCCUCAGUAUUAGCUCGACGGAGGACCCUCAGCUCAAGGGCCCAAUGUUUCAGCCCUUCUAUGUCAGUGUAGUUGAGGAGUCUGACUUUGCGUGGGACAGUGGCAUGGAGCAUGCUAAGGAGCUGCUGCGAGAGUAUGAGCAACGAGAGGGCGCGACUGCGAUGGACCUGGGAGGCGAAGGAGGAGGAGGAGAAGAGAGAUAUGAGAAAACAGAGGCCCGACAUGGGGAUGCAGUGUUCACUGGUUUCAUGAAGAGGAUCUCCCUAUGUCCUGAACAGGUUUUAAGAUACUGUAGAAAUAGUUCACCAUUGUUCAUCUCCAAACCACCUUUGGAUGUAAAGCAGAUUGUUCCACCAUGCUGUCACUGUGGAAGUUCUAGAACAUUUGAAUUCCAGCUUAUGCCAGCUCUGGUCAGUUUACUCUGCAUGUGUGACCCACAUUUGGAUCUGGCUGUGGAGUUUGGAACAGUUUUAGUUUACACCUGCCAAAGCAGUUGCUGGAUAUCAGGCUCAAACUCACCUAUGGAGGAGUUUGCAUUUGUACAGGCAGAUCCUGACCAAAAACAUUUUAAAUGAAACAGGCCAACUGUUUUAUUGACAAUCUGCUUGUGUCUUCAUUGUGAAAUGGAACAUUAGUGACUCUGUUUACCUGUUGGAAGCCAGCCCGAAUUUAUCCUGAGUUCGAGUUUGUCCAUGCCACAGAACAAAACACUUUUGAUCAUCACUUGAGACAUCAUGUUUACUAUUAACCUUCGGUGUUAUUUUUUGUGAACAAUUAAAAUAAACACUGUGAUUACUGUGAUUUUGCCUUCAUACAAAAUAUUUAUUAUCACCUUUUAUUGCCGAUCAUAUCUAUCCUUGCUGUGCUUUGGGAAAUGUGUGACUGACUGAAAUAAUCAAAAUUUCUUAGAUUUCUGACUGUAUCCUGCUAAUAAAAAUGUUGGAAAAACUUA